UCCUAAUCUUACCCAUACAAUCUACAAGAUACACAUAUCACUUCAUCAUACUCACUCCCUUGUUCACACUAUACCCCCCCAUGUAUCACAUCGAGGAUGAAUCUGCGUCACCAUUAUCGAUCGGCAAUGUCCGAACGGGAUUUUCGAUACUUCGAGACGUACUCGGCCAGGGAUCAAGCUCUGAUCAUCGAAGAGGCCAAGGAUAGGAUACAAGAGGAGAAUCUAGCCAGGUUGAAAGAGUCUAUCAGGUCGACCCCGAUCACCAAGGUGUUAGGGAUCGUUUCGCAUCAACUCCGAACACCUCUCAAUGCCAUCGUAGCCACCAUCGAUCUGAUGCAAGAAGCCGAGCCCGACGGACCAGAAACUAUGCGUCCAAUCGCUGGAACAAGGCAGCAACAAUCUUCAGGCGAUGUUGAACCGUCUGCAGGACAUUGCCGCCUUGUCACACGGUCAGGGGACGGUGAACAUCAUGCCGAUACGUCGGUCGUACUGGAGUUGGAUCCAAAGUCGCCAUUGUUCGAGGGAGAUCUCGCCAAGAUUCAACAGAUCAUGAGUAACCUGGUCACCACGACCAUCGCCUCUUCGGCGGAAAAGCAAUGUCGGAUGAAGGUCGACGUCGUGAGGAACGAUGCCGAGGUCGUCAUCAGGGGGCUGGUCAUCACCCCUAAGGGAAUAUUUGCGGGGGCUGGGCAGCAAGUUGGAGACGAGCUAGUCAGAGGACGAGGGGGGAAGUUGUCGUUCUCCUUUGACCUGAAGAUCCAGGCUAGUAAUAACGUGGCGGGCAAGCAGGGGGCGGAUAAUCAGAGCAAUUUCGGGAAUUAUGUGAGGGAUCCUUCCACGGUCAAGGUUCUGCUCGUUGAGGAUAAUCAGGUCAAUAUGAGGAUCGCCAAGGCCAUCUUGAAGAGGUUUGGGUUCGAUGCGGCUACUGCGGCGAAUGGGCUCGAGGCGAUCAGCAAGAUGCACGGCGAGGUGUUUGAUAUCGUCUUUAUGUUGCGUCCCGGAUGGGUCGUUGUCGACUGCGACAUGCCGCUCUGUAACGGCUAUGAUGCGACCCAUCACAUCCGCAAUAGCAUGGAACAGUCCGAUCUCAUCAUCAUCGCACUGACCGCCGACUCGACGAACGACGCCAAGAAACGAUGUCUCGCCGUGGGUAUGAACGACUUUUUCAUCAAACCGAUUACGACCAAGACGGUCGACGAGAUGCUGCACAAGUGGUUGACGACGACGCAUAACGAUGGAGCGAAAGGGAUUGAGAGAAGGGAGACACAUCAGGCGGUCGGGUCGUAA